AUGGCGGCGGUGGCGGCGGCGCCGGCGGAGGUCGGCCUCGGGCUGGAGCAGCUGCAGGGCAUGCUGCACACCAUUUUGAACUCGACAGACAACAACGAGCGCCGCGGCGUGGAGUCGAAUGUUGUGCGUGCGCUCAGCUCCCCCUCCAACCUUAUGCUUCUGGUGCGUGUGGUGCAGGAGGUGCAGACGGUGUCUGCCGGUGUUCGUCAGCUUGCGGCCGUGCUGCUGCGAAAGAAGAUAAGUUCCUUGUGGUCUGCGAUUCCAAUGGAGUCGCGGGCGGAGCUGAAGCGUGUUCUUUUGGCGCAGCUUGGGUUUGAGCCGGUGCGCGUGGUGCGGUUUGCGCUGGCGCACCUCAUCUCGCGCCUGGCCAAGGCGGACACGCUGGAGACGGGGGAGGGAUGGCCAGAGCUGCAGGUGGCGAUUCGUGCCGCGGUGGAGGACCCGCGUGGCGACAUGCGGGAGCUCGCGAUGGUCUUGGCGUACAGCAUAGCGGAGGUGGUGGGGGAGGGCGGCGGCGGCCUCGGCACCCUCGUGACGGAGGCGGUGCUGCAGGGCAUGACUGACGCGGAGGUGGGUGUGCAGCGGGCGGCCCUGAAGGCAAUGGGGGCGCUCCUGCUUUUUGUCGACCUGGACGGGGAGGACGCGGCGGCGGCGGCGCGGAAAAAACGCGAGCGGGAGCAGUUGCUGCAGCGCCUCGCCCCGCGUUGCCUGGAGCUUCUGGCGACGUGCGCUUCGCUGGAGGAGAGGACGAGCGUCUGCGUGGACGUCUUGGACCUGCUUGAGCAGCUCGUCGAGGACCUCAGCGUCCGGAGGCACGGGGCAAUCCUCCACAGUUUGGGACUCGAGAUGAUUUCGGUGCUUUGCAACACGUCGAAUCAGCCGCGCGUGCGACAGGGCAGCAGCGAGGUGCUGGUGACUCUCGUGAACUUGAAGCCCAAGUUUGUGACCACGGCGUUGCUCCAGCCCAUGGUCGCGGCGUGCGUGCAGGUCAUGGGCGAGGACGGCACCAUUUCGCUGCCGGAGGUGGCGCACGUGGAGGACUCGGAAAACGACGGCGAGGACAAUAACCUCGACGAAGCCGCCGAUAUGCUGCACGUGAACCCGCCCUGCAUGUACGCCGGACGUCUGUUAAGUACGCUUGCAACAAAAGUGUCAGCCAAGUCGUUUACCAGCGCGUUGUUGCCGUUUGUUUCGCAGGUCUCGGAAAAUCCACAGGCGGGUCCUCUUGAGCGCAAGGCAGCCAUCCUCUCCCUGGCCUGCCUGGCGGAGGGCAACCCGGGCUACCUGCGACGCAAGGUUCAGUACGUGUUAAAGCUAACGCAUGAUUUUUUGCACGACAGCAGCCACAUUCCACGCGAGGCGGCGGCCUUUGCCCUCGCAUAUUUCUGCCUGCAUCUCCAGCCGGAGGUACUCACGCAUCAUCAGCAGCUCUUUCCCAUGCUUGUGCCACUUCUUCGGGACGAGCAUGACGGUGUGUGCCGUCGUGUGGCUGGUGCACUGGACACACUCUGUGAGAACGUUGCGGAGGACGUGGAGCCGUACGUGCCGCUGGUGCUGCCAGCGGUGCUGGAGGCCAUUGGGCGCGUUUCCCUGGAAACGCAGCGGGCACUCUGCGGCGUGAUAUCGUCCCUGGCCAUCACCCGAAGUCCGUCGUUUCAGGCCCAUGCCACCCAGUGCCUGGAGCUGCUGAAGACGCCGCUGACGAUGACCUCGCCGGAGACGAUUCUGCUGCGAGCAAAGGCGACGGAGGCGGUGGGUAUUGUUGCUAACGCCAUUGGGAAGGAAACCUUCAUGCCGUUUUUGCCGUUUUUCAUUGAGCGCGUGGCCGACAACUUCCAUACCCGGCAGGCGGAGCUGCGGGAGGAGAGCUUUGGGUUCCUGUCAAACCUCUGCGAGACUUUGCGUGCCGACUUCAUGCCCUACCUCAGCGACUCCAUUGGCUGUGCGUUGCAGACCAUCAACGAGGAUCGAACGCACUACGAAAACAAGCAUCUGCUGGCGGAGGGGUGUAUGCGUCAUGUGAACAUACACGUCGGCGAGGAGAAAACCGGUGAUGAGGACAGUGCGGAGUCGGAGGGGGAGAGCGAUGCCGAGGAAAUUCACGCGCGUGUGCGCACGGCGGAUGUGGAGGAGAAGAGCAGUGCCGUUUAUUUUAUCGGUGUCUGUGCGGAGGUGCUACUUGCAGAUUUUGGCACCUCCAGGAUUGACGUCUGUUGGGCGGUGCUGAUUGAGCUGGACGCGUACUUCCACAGCAGCAUCCGAUGCAGCGCCCUCGUGACACUGGCGAAGUUGACGAAGGCGGCGCAGGGCUCAGAGUCGGUGGUGAAGUCCCUCGCGGAUGACACACUCACCUCGCACGCGCGCCGCCUGCUGGAGAGCUUGAUUGCCGACACGCUGCUUCCAUGCAUUCACGAAGAGACAGACAAAGAGGUGGUGGCCGCCGCGUGUGACGCCCUCGCGCUGUUGUUUGACUACUUUGGUCCGCAGACACUUUGCGCGGGCGCUGACGCCUUUGUGCAGGCCGCCACGGCUCUGCUGAGGCAAGCCACCGCCUGUCAGCAGUCGCACGAGGACGAGGACGACGACGAGGAUGAGGAGCAGCAGCAGGAGGGGGAGUCCCCGCCCACGGGAGCCGCCGCAGUGGAGCUCGGCGAAGACCACGACGGGGUGCUGAUGGACGCGGCUUGCGACAUGAUUGAGUCCUUUGCCAAGGCGUAUGGGCCGUCCGUGAAGGCCUACGCGGACGUCAUCUUCCCCUUCCUCCUCCCCUACGCCGCGGAUGACCGCCCGUCAGAGGACGUCGUCAUGGCAACCGGGUGCCUCGCCACGAUUAUUGAGGCGAUGGGCGCGGCAUCCGAGCCGUACGUCGAGGACGCCGCUGCGCUGGCGUUGCAUCUCAUUGACACCACCGAUGAAUCCGCUGCAAAGGCCAACUGCGCCUAUCUUCUCCGGGCCCUGGUGGAGUGCUGCCCUGGCCACUUUGAGAACGCUUCCGCCACAAACCCCGUACUGCAGGCGCUCUGGGGCAUUGCCGGGAGCCAGGAUGAGAUUCCUGCGGCAGUAGACAACGCGGUAUCCGCGACGUGCACCAUGGUGCGUUGUCUCUCACCGACCGUCAUUCCGCUUUCCUCGGUUGUCCCGGCGUUGCUGGAGCGGAUACCGAUGCGGGUGGAUCGGACGGAAAACGCCAAUGCCAUUCGAACCCUUAUACAUCUUCUGACUUCGCAGCGCGAGUUCACGAGGUCGCACGUUUGGGCGCCGAUGGUGCGCUGCGUCGCGACUGUGCUCGCCGCGUUGACCGUGGAGGAGGAGCAGAAGCGGCUGCUGGUUGCUCAAGGUCUCAUUCCUUGCAUUGGCACGUGCAGGAACGAGUGGAGGCAAGCGUGUGCGCAGUUGCCAGUGGAGUUGCAGGCCGUCUUGGAACGCCAUGGCUGCUGCUGCUGA